AUGUCAUUUGAGGAAGCACCUGUGGAAACCAACCCACAAGGGCUUCAGUACGACGACUUGGAGGUCGACCACGAAUUCCCUGCUCAGAAGCAGACUCCGCAGUGCUACGGCGGUCUCACGCUCGACCAUGUGGUGUGUGCGAGCGUCGUAGCUGAGGUGAAAGAGCCCCAAGCUGUUCGCGCGUUGGACGUGCAUCCAAACGGUACGCAUUUAGCAGUCGGGACGAAUGCACGCGCUCUUCGGGUCUUCGACUUGUCCACCCCAUUACAGCAGCGACAGCAGCAAUUGUCCUGGUCGUCCCCUCUCAACCUGAUCCUGCCACUGCUCCCCGUGGCGCUUGAGAGGCACAAGCACCACGAUUCGGGUAUUUACUGCGUGAGUUACAAUCGUUGUUUCCUCCACAGUGCUGGCGCUGCUUCGAUGAUCGCAUCCGGCGCAGCUGAUGGGUCUGUCAAGGUGCUGGUAACCAAGGGCAAAGAUCCAUUACAGAGACAGCAAACCGACGAGCUGUGGAUUCAGCGUGGGGAUGUCAACGGCUCAAUGGGGAAGACGCGCGCGCUCGAGUUUGGGUCUCCACACCAUCUCUGGGUGGCCUCGACGAGCGACCGUCGUCUCCGCUGUUGGGAUGUUCGACGCACUCAAAGAAGCUCGAGCUCGGGUCCUUUUCAAACGCUCGACGGCCACGUCGGCGAGAUCCAAGCGAUUGCUAUGCCUCAACCUUUGAGCUCAGGGUUGGUGAAUACGCUGCUGCUUAGCGCUGCAUUAGAUAAAACGGUUCGGCUUUGGGAUACGCGGAGUCGGCGUUGCGAGCGCUUGGUGACGUCUGGAGCUCAUGCAGCAUUCUCGCUGCACUUCCACCCUACAGAUGAAAAGCUGGUGGUAUCGGGUCACCAAGACGGCAGCGUGGCUCUCUGGGAUCUGCGAUCAACAGCUCGUGAGGCGCUGCAGGUUGUUGUGCCCCACCAAGACGAGUGCCGAUCUGUGCGCUGGUCCCCCGGAGGCCAGUGGCUGCUCAGUGCCGCCUUUGACGGUACGCUGUGCGUCAUGCAGGCGACCGGUUCGACUGUGCAGCCUGUUGCCAGCUACCACAAGCACUACGGCAAGGUGCUACAAGCGCAGUGGCAUCCGACCGAGCCAGCGUUUGUGUCGUCAGGGGCGGACAAGCGAGUAAAGCUCUGGGCCUUCGCUUGA